GAUGCUGGCUUGAGUUUGAGGAAGCAACAGCGAAAGUUGAGAGUUGAGCGAGAGGCGCUGGUGGACAUACUGAAUGUCUACAAUUACCAGGCAUUCGUGGAGAUGGACAAGGCUGGGUACGGUAUCCGACAGUGGAUUGCGAGCAGUCGGUAUGACCAGAUCAGGUGCAUUGACAUACACUUGAUUGAUGCUCACCACUCGCCCAUUCCUAUCCAGCUACUGGACGCUCUCCGCGACGCACGCAACCGGAAGGUCUCGCAUGGGGACAUCAAGUCAGAGAACAUCCUUGUAACAUCAUGGAACUGGUCCACCUCCGACUUUUUGCCUCUCGAUGACUCGUCGGACUUCUCGUUCGUUUUCGACACCUCCGGUCGCCGGACGUUCUACUUCGCACCUGAACGAUUCUCCACUGCCGCCGAUAACCCCGAUAUCAGCGCAAAGAAGUCUCGGCCCGCUACAGACGAUGGCGAAGGCAGGCGGGACGGAACAGUGACGGAAGCGAUGGACUGCUUCAGCGCCGGAUGUGUUGUUGCUGAGUUAUUUCUGAAGGUGCGGCGCUCUUUACGCUGA